AUGGUUUCGCAAUCACUCCUUCUGCUGUUCCCAGCGCUAGCGCUGGCAUCGAUCACUAUUGAGGAUCCCUCGGAUGUCAUCAAAUCCAAGUGGUGGACUAAAGACAAUGCGCUCCUUGCAGACUACAAUAUUCCGAUGACCAGUACUCAGCCUUCGGACAUCCAGGCAACCCACAAGUACGACGGUUCUAGCGUCAGCGCCAGUGUUGACCAUGUUACAUGGUCCGCUACCACAAAUGACACUAGUGUCCUACUCGUUGCCAAUGGUGCCGAGUUCAAUGGCUCGUACAUCGACUUCAAGAAGAGUGGAUACUCGACCAACCUGAACACGGCCAGUUUCUGGGGGUUUAAUGCUGCAAUCAACGUGGCCAAUGCAUCCACUGCCUACUUCGAUAAUGUCAAUGUCACUGUGCACAACGGAGCUGCUCAGUUCUAUUCAUAUGGAACUGACACUGUGGUCCACGUCAACAACUCUUGGCUGUACUCGUCUGGACCUGUCAGCCACGGCCUUUACGCCUCUGGAAAUGGUACAAUCAUCGGCCACAACCUCCAGGUCUACUCCGGUGGAUACCGCUCGUCUAGCUUCUCUGGUGACUCUCCCGGCGGCUACAUCCAUGUCUAUGAUAGCGUUGCUCAUGCAGCUGGCAUUGGCUCUGCCACCUUCUACUCCCUCGGUCUGAUCGAUGCCCACAACGUAAUCAGCGUUUCCGAGAAGGGUCCCGUUGUCUUCUCCGAUGGUCCCCAAACUACCAACCUGACCAACUGUGAUGCCACUGCUGGUCUGCUGGGUGGAGUUGUGAUCUUCAGCAGCUCGAUUCGUAACAGUGGUGCCAAACUCAAUCUGGUCAACACCAGGUUUACCACCCUCGGCAAGAAGGUCCCCGGUCUGUGGUUCGGCAACAUUAUUGCCAGCGCAAACUUGAACAACGCCCAGCUCAACACUGACUCCGGCAUCCUGGUGGUCGCCAACUACUCCCAGGUCACCCAGGACUUCGACUACUAUGCUGACUACGAGGACAACAACAGCCUGUCCCCUGCCGAGGUGACUCUGACCGUCACUGAGUCUGAUCUGGUGGGUGACUUGGUCGCUUACAACAAGAGCGUCAUCAGCUGGACUCUCAACGACUACAGUAGUUGGACUGGUUCUGCCUACUCUGGCUACGGAGAGGCCUACUUCGACGUUGCCCUGGAUGCUACUAGCAACUGGACUCUGACCCGGGAUACUACCCUGCAGAACUUUACCGAUACGCUAACAAGCCUAUCUAAUAUCCACAGCAAUGGCCACAAUAUCUACUACAACUCAAGCCUGAACAGCUGGUUGGGUGGUAAAACGGUUCGUCUGUCUGGUGGUGGUGCUGCGAAGCCAAUCUCUUCCAAUAGUCGUGUUCCCCGCGGAAUUACUCGCCGCCAACUGUGA